AUUUAUCUUUAUGGGAUGUGAAAUGUGAAACUGAAACCUUGCGGUUCGAUUCUCGUUGGCAGCUCAGGAGAUUGGGCUUUUGGGUUUGCUUCGUUGAUAUUGCGCAGAUUCUGACCUUGAAUGGUUGAACAGCCACCGACUUGGCGUUCCAUCCUCCAACUCGGACGAAGAAAUUCAAAACCAUCGCAAUUCGUAAAGCACGGUCGCCGUCGUCGUCGUCGUCCCCACUGCAUCCUUAUCCGCUGUCGAAUCUUCUUCAUGUCCAAUGUAUCCAUCUGUCAAUUCCCUCCAUCUCUCUAUAUAACGGAACGGAAUUCCAGUGGAAGAAAGAAAUAGGGCGACGGAGAGAGAUAGAGAUAGAGAUAGAGAUUGAGAGAUUCGCAUUCGCACGACGAAGAGAGGAAGAGAGAGAGAGAGAGAGAGAGAGAGAGAGAGAAUGAUACAGCAGCAGCAACCGUACCAGCAAAAGACACUGCCGAAGAGGAUUAUCCUGGUCCGGCACGGGGAGAGCCAGGGCAACCACGACGACACUGCCUACACCACCACUCCCGACCACAAGAUCCCGCUCACGCAGCGAGGCGUCGAACAGGCCGAGGCCGCUGGCGUCGACAUUCACCGCGUCGUGUCCGACGACGGCCACUCCGACAACUGGAAGGUCUACUUCUACGUCUCCCCUUACGAGCGCACUCGCGCCACGCUCCGCCAGAUCGGCCGAUCGUUUCCUAGAGACCGUCUCCUCGGCGUCCGGGAGGAGUGCCGCAUCCGGGAGCAGGACUUCGGCAACUUCCAGCAGGAGGACCGAAUGAAGAUCAUCAAACAGACGCGCGAGAGAUUCGGCAGGUUCUUCUACAGGUUCCCCGAGGGCGAGUCUGCUGCUGAUGUCUACGAUCGCGUUUCCAGUUUCCUGGAAUCUUUGUGGAGGGACAUAGACAUGAACAGGCUUCACUGCGAGUCAUCCGAUGAGCUAAAUCUGGUAAUCGUAUCCCACGGGCUAGCCUCCCGUGUAUUCCUAAUGAAGUGGUUCAAGUGGACAGUGGAGCAAUUCGAGUACCUAAACAACCUGGGGAACUGUGAGUUUCGGGUGUUGCAACUAGGGCUGGGAGGAGAAUACAGCUUGGCGAUUAAUCACUCGGAUGAGGAGUUGCAAGAGUGGGGGCUUUCUGCUGACAUGAUAGCCGACCAGAAGUGCCGAGCCAAUGCCACGAGGAGUUGUUGGAACGAGAAUUGCGCCCUCUACCUGGAUUCCUUCUUUGAUAAACUGGCAGAUUCUGAAGAAACUGCUGUAGUUGAAGGGGACUCUGAUGACAAAGAAGCCUGAUUCUUUUGAGCAUGCAUGCCUACCACCACAAUAGGAACUCUUAAACAUUCUUUUCAUUCAUGUGUGUAUAAUUAUACUAACUAUGAUCUUCUUCACAUUGUAUUAUUAUUUAUUUAUUUUGAAUGUGAUAUUAAAAAACCUCACCAAUUGA